AUGGCGGAUUCAGGGCACGAGAUCGGAGUCAGAUGCCAUCAUUGCGCAGGCCCUCUCACGAAAGAUUUGGAAACUAGUGAUUGGACUGUUGCUCCGUUUAUCAGGGAUAGCUUUUCUAUGAUUGGAUCAGCAGUUGGUGGUACCGCAAGUGCAUUCAUUGGAUUUAACCAUGUUAUGCCAAUUGUACGCAAGUGCAUAAAAGGUCCCAUGUGGUUACAUUUUCUUGUUGGGGCACCGCCUGUUAUAGUUCUUUCAUCUGCCUGUGCUGGACUAGCAGGUGGCACUGUACCGGCACUGGCACAGCUUGCUUCAUCUUCAUACCGAGCAGCGGUCCAUUCGUCUGAGCCACCAGAAAAUAACAAAAUGCACAAGUCUACGACUUCUCCUCUGUAA